ACUGCGUUCGGCGCUCGCCCCUCGUCCCUUGCGCUUGCGUACUACAGCGCCAGCCCGUCGCCGCGGCCCGGAUCGGGAAGUGUCAAGUGGGAGCUGGGUUCCCCGCCUUCGCCGCUAUCACCGCUGAACCCGGACGCCUUACCCAGUCCCGGGCUCAGCCGCCAUGACCAACGUGUACUCCUUGGAUGGGAUUCUGGUGUUCGGUUUGCUCUUUGUUUGCACGUGUGCCUACUUCAAGAAAGUACCUCGCCUCAAAACCUGGCUGUUGUCAGAGAAGAAGGGAGUUUGGGGUGUGUUUUACAAAGCUGCUGUGAUCGGAACCAGGCUGCAUGCUGCUGUGGCAGUUUCCUGCGUUGUAAUGGCCUUUUAUGUCUUGUUUAUAAAAUGAAUUCCAAAGUAUCCAACUCAUCAGCUCCCAAACAAGGGGACAAGGGUGAAGAACCUGUUGGAGGCCUGGACCCAGUGUAGGAGAGUUCAACUAAAAUCAUCAAAGUCCCCAGGAUGAGCAUCUGUCCCUGCCAUUGUGGGGGAAUUUCCUCAUGGUCAUGAACAUUAUUUAUGCUCCAGUGGACUCCAGAAAGCCAUCUUCCUUUGAUCUAUGUGUAAAUCAGCCUUCAGCGGUGAGCAUAUAAUGCCCAGAUAAAUUACAUCCCUUGGUGAAAAGAUCAUAUACCUCUUGCUUAAGAGCCUGUCACCUGGGCUGUGGUCAAAGCUCAGUGGUAAAGCAUUUGCUUAACAUGUGUAAGGCUUUGGGUUUGAUCCCCAGGUCUGCAAGACAAACAACAGAAACCCUAUCACCUAUUUUGUUCUUCAGUCCCUCAUCAGGAUCUUUCCAAACUGGGGCACUAGGAAAGGACAUAAACUAUGUUAAGACCUCUUGGAAGGAGAAAUAAUUUUCAAGACUUCACUUUUUUCACUCUUUGAUUGGAUUUGGCAAAUUGGUGAGGGAGGUUGGUGGGUGGGAAAUAGAAGUUAUGAAAAGCCAAGAAAUUUGACUUUAGAAAUUUAUCUUUUUAUACCCAUCUGGGAACAUAAGAAAGAGGCAUGGCUCCUAUUGCAAAAAGAGAACAGAUGAAGCAGCUUCCUGUGUGCUGGUAUCUGGAGGAUUUUGCCAAGAGAAUCUGAGCUUUCAUAAAAUUUGGGAAUUAAUCUUUGUAUGAUGAAACUAGAAAGCAAUGACUUAGACAAGAAAACACUUUCUUUCUACCUUAUCCCUGAAAGGAGACUUCAUUUGAUCAAAUGGUAAAUGAAAAAUGAAUCAACUCUUGCUAUUUCCUAAAGCUUUUUUAUAUUUUCUAAAUUAGUGCUAAAUACUGUUCUUCAGUUUUAAAUGCCACCACUAGGGGGAAAACUAUUGAAAUAAUUGUUUAAUAUAUUACAGGUAGGGUAGAAGAAAGAAAUAAAUUAGUAUAUCAAUUCAUAUACUAGUAAAAUCGUCUAGUAUAAGAAUUUAUUGUGAUGUUAGAUGGGAGUUUUGUCAUGCUAUAAGAGUUACAAACUUAUUUUUUUAAGUGUGGAUUAUGGCAAUUUUCAGUUGAUUGCUUGUUUUUCUUGACCAUCUCUUAAUUUUCUUCAUAUUUCGGUGCUCUUUCAUUGUCUGGAAAUUCUGUUCUCUGUAGGAACAUGAGACAUUCAGAUGAGAGAAGUUGCUGGUAUUUGUUGGUAUAUUUGGACAGUUGAUAGCCUUUGUUAAUAAAAUCACUGUUUUAUAAAAUAAAGUUAAACAGAACUUUGCAGUUGAGAUGGAAGGGCUUUACAUGGACUGUACAGCUCCUGAGCAAAUCAUUUUAGAUGACUCAACAUUUGAGGGGAAGACUUCUCCACUCCCUCCUCCUGUCUUCAUAGCAGCUAAUGGAGUUGUGAAACCACAUGUAAGAGUUGGUCUAAAAUUAAAUUAUUAUAAUAAGCAAGUAUAGACAUACUUUGCAGUUGAAUUGUCCGUGCAGCUGUAGUUGACUCUUGUGUGGCAAUAAAUUAUCUUUUCUCUGCUUACUCCAAAAGAAUAAAAGCUGCUAAGAAGCAUAGGUUCUGAAAUUUGCAGUUUAGUACUUUGAAAGGUUUUAAAAGUGUAGGUCAUCAAAUAAACACUACAUGUCUAAAUCAUCUCAGAUUUGGGAGUAUUAUCUCUUUAGGAAUUGGUCAGCAGGGUAAAUUUCAAUGAUUCAUAUAUUUUCCAUUGUCAUUUCUGAGGACCUUUCUCAUGAAAGAAAGGGAAUCUAGUGAAACAGAAGAGUUGCACCUUGUGGGUGUGAGCUUGGAACCUGUUGGCCCAAUGGAAUGUCACUGAGGAAACAGGUUCAGCAUGUUUUGCACUUGUUAUUUUGUAGCUUUUAUGACUUGUUUUCUAAUAGAGCUAAUGUCUCUAAAUUUGGACCUUAGAGAUGUUUCAUAUUUUCAACUAGUCUCAUUCUACACUUCUAGUUCAAGCCAAUUUCUACAGCCUCCUGUGUGGGUUAUCCUGACCCAAAUUAUUGAGUUGUUAUAUUUUGAGAUGUUGUCAUACCACAAUGUACCAAAAAGUGCACAAGUUAAAGGUGAUUUACAACGAAAAGCAAAUACCCGGCCUAUUUAAUUUCUUGACUUUAUGUAAGCGGAUAAGCAGGAACUUGUUUAGUUCAUUCCUUUGGCUGAAGUGUCAUAUAUUUUGGGCUAGAAAUUAUAAGAAACUGUUCCUCUGGGGAAGCUUAUUGGGGUGGAGUUGUGAGGAUCACAAUAUUUCCUCAGAUUCAACUUGGCAUUACCAUAAACCCAGGUGGAGUGAAGUUGCUCCUUUUUAUAGUAGAAGUUUUUUAUUCACCACUGUCUGCACAAAUCCUUGAAAAUAAAAUU